AUGAAGGGUGAUGCGACCGAGCUCCUGGAGCUCCUCUUUUGCCUCUUCGAUGCGGACCAGGACGAUCUGGUGGGCCUCACCGACUUGGAACACACCAUCGAUGCCUUUCUUCAGCUGCCUGAAGCUUUGCAACUGCCGGAGCCAGAUGCCAAGGACUUUCGCACCCUGGAUGCCCGGAAGCGCAACGGCGAGGUCACCUUGAUGGCCAAAAAAGCGCUGCAGGACUUCGCUUUAGAUGAGUCGGACCCGGAGCCUGAGGAGGACUUGGCGGAGGACCGAGGGUCUGACCAGAAGUGUGUGAUCCGCUGA